CGGAUAGGGAAGCGGAUAGAUGUCUCUCGCGCUUUCCCCGAUUUCCAUAAUUAUUUACAGCGCAUAAAAUGGCCAUUUCGGUGUUUUUAACGGGCCCGCUACGCAGGAAACGAUGGAAGUACUUACCUGCAGUUCAUCGCGUGUACUCCAGUUGGCGUUGUGUGGCAAUAGUACAGGUCACGGGUCGUGACCCGGCUGCCGUGCAACCUCCCUAUAAUGCUCUAAAUAAAUGGACCAUUUAUUUAUUUAAACAAAUCCAAUUUAACUAGUCUGAAGAAGGGUUUCGACCCGAAACGCUGCCUAUUUCCUUCGCUACCACCCGCCGAUUUUCCUGCAUCCGCUGAGUUUCUCCAGCUUUUUUGUGUACCUCCAAUUUAACUAGAGUGUGUUAUGUCGGACCUUCUUAGGAAACGGUAAAACUACAUGGCGUUAUCCUCUCUUGGGGCGCCUUUCCACUUAACAUUCUCUGUACUCAGCUGUUAUAGGAAAACCUUAGCAGCCUCUGGAUUAAGAGCGGUAUUUAUUUAAUGGCACAACAAAAAUGAUGGAGUAACAAAGCGGGUCAGGCAGCAUCUCUGGAGAUGCUGUGAUUUCUCCGGAGAUGGUGCCUGACCCACUGAGUUACUCUAGUAUUUUGUGUCUAUCUUCGUUAUAAACCAGCAUCAGCAUUUCCUUUUUAUUAAUCAGCCCUACUUUUCUAGCUUUCUUCCCCAGCCCGAUUAGUCUAAAGAAGGGUCUCGACCCGAGACGCCGCCUGCCGAAUCGCCUCAACAGAUGUUGCCCGACCAGCUGAGUUCAUCCAGUGUUCAGCUGAUUGAACGCGCAGGUUGGAACACCCAUGUUCUGCUGUCGAUGAGCCCUCGCCCUCUAAUGCAGCAAAACGAGCCCUCUUUCUUGCAAGAGGAGUACAUUGUUGAGACCAGUCAGGGGGGAUUUUUGUUCUGGGCAAUCAGAAUGACAUUAGUGACUCAAAGGACUUAGAGACUUACAGGGAAAAAGUCAGUGCGCAGGUUGAACCUGCUUGCUCGCUGGAUAUUGGCUUCGGUUAAGAUCAUUUUAUUCAUCUGGACAUCCAGGGAAAUUGCACAUCACUCAAAGAUUUUCGGACCAGCACACGCCUAUUUUUGACUGGUUUACCAGCCUAGGUACGCGGGCUGUUGUUGCAAUGUAGACACGGCCGGUGAGCUUUCCUGACCUGGCGCUGUCUCUUGACUGCUUCAUUGUACAACCUCCCCGAGUGCUAACCCAGCAGAGACGAGAGCCAUGAGCGGCGGCGAGCACUGAAGCCACGGCCGGGAGCUGGAAAGAUGAGCAGAGUGCCGGGUUGACGGAGCAUGUGGUGCCGGAUGGGCUGGGCGCUGUGGACUGCACCGAGCAGCCAGUGCAGAAUUUCAGGAUGGGAGCAGUGACUAGCCGACCUGAUGAAAGAUGUCCAAAGCAAUGGAGAAUGCCACCCCUGAACCAGUUUACGUCGAUGUGGACAAAGGAUUGACGUUGGCUUGCUUUGUCUUCCUGUGCCUCUUCCUAAUUGUAAUGAUUGUUCGAUGUGCUAAGGUGAUAAUGGACCCGUACAGUGCCAUCCCUACAUCCACUUGGGAGGAGCAGCAUCUAGAUGAUUGAUCAUGA